AUGCGGCGCUUUGUUCUCACUUGGGAUCGAUUGACAACCCAGCAAUCUCUAAAGCUGUUACCAAGAGUUACCAAUCAAGAGGACCUCGAUUGCUCAGCUAGCAAUAACCCCGAAGACAACAGGAAUAGAGAUGAACUGCGUUCAUUGCCGUCAUCGAGCCAUGUUUCGAAUGAGCCAAUGAAAGGCACUCAAACUCCAGGCGAUGUGUGCAAAGUGUACUUCACGGAAGACACGCCCGCCAUCUUGUCCAAAGCGGGCAGUAACUCCAACCUAUCGGUGCUGUCCAUAGACUCCGCCCCCGCCCCGCCCCCUCACGACAUACACGACGCUCACGACACUUCCGACAGCUCCAACUUAAGCGACGCUGGGGAUCUAUUGGAGGAAUGCAUACAGAAAGGCAUCGCUAAGGUGGUGAAGAACAAGGGCCCGUCAUCAGAAGUCUCAUCUAUCAAUCCUUACAGGGACGAUGUUUAUAGAUCAUUGCCACCGUACUUGCGGUCAUCCACGGAGACAGUAAGAAUGUCCCAUGAGUUUGCCAGAACCGUCCACGAGAGUGCGUCGUGCAGCUCGGGCAGUCCCCCGCCCCCGCUGCCGCCCAAGGUCACGCAGCUGGCCGCGCCGCCGCGACCUCCCGCGCUAGACGACGGUCGCAAGUACGAAAGUCGUCUGCCAGUAAAAGCUGCAGGCAACGGGAGAGAGCGACCUCGGGCCGCAGGUACCGCGGAGCUCGGCCGGAACGACUCGCUGUCCUCGCUGAGCCUGGACUCGUUCGGGUCCACCGACCGAGAGAUCUUCGAGGAGACCGUGCAGGCCGGACUCUCCAGCGUCAACCCGCGCGCGCGCUCCUGUCUCGACGACUCCAGGCUGCGUGCGCACUCCGCUGAGGGAGGCGUGCGCCGCGACCCGGCCGCGCCGCGCGCCUCCCGGCCCAGGCGCCGCCGCCCCGCCGCGCGCUCCGCGCAUGCGUCGCCGCGCCCCGAGCGCAGCUCGUCUCUGUCGUCGCUCAGCAACGAGUCGUUCGGCUCCACCGACCGCGAGGUCUUCGAGCGCAGCGUGCGGCUCGGCAUGGCGCGCGCCCCGCGCCGCCGCGGCCGCAGCGACGACAGGCUCGAGGCGCGCCGCCGCCGCGGGGGCGCCGCGUCCUCCGGGCCCGCGCCCGCGCCCGGCGGCGCCCUGGCCCGCAUGGGCGCGGCGCGCGCGCUGCUGGAGGAGGUGAUAGCGCGCGGGGCGAGGGGGGCGCGGCGGCCGACGCCAAAAAACGUGUCCCCGCCCCCUGCGGCCCGCGCGCCCGCAGGCGGGCCGGCCCCCCGCCCCCGCGCCACACGUGGCUGUGAGGGGGGCGCGCGCGGCUCCAACGAGUGCCUGGCGCAGCGCUCCGCCAACACCACGCUGGACUCCGAGCCCGACCAGCCCGACCGGCCCGACGACCUGGACCGCUCCAACGAGUCCUACGCGGACGUCUUGGACGGCUCCUGGAGCGACGGAGACAGCCCACGAGACGUCGGCGACGGCGGCACGCUCACCAGGCACAGCAAGAAGAACAAACUGGAAUGGACCGACAUCAAGUGCACUGACGUGAAGCCCCUGGAGGAGCUGCCUGCGACCAUUGAAGACAUGUCCAAGCGCAGCACUGACACCUGGAACGACAACACGUGCCCCGAUGACGUGACAUUCCCUACUAUCAGUGGCUCCGUACACAUGGUAUCAUCAAUUCGCAGUGAAGUCGCGGACCACAAUUUGACCCUACCAGAUUUGCUGGAGAAGAGCGAAGCUCCCACGAUGUCGUUCUCGCGUCCAGAUUUGACCAACAAGCUGGAAGUUGACAGAGACAUCCCACAAUCUCCACUAGUUAUGAUGAUGGACAGCAAGCUGGAAGCUGAGAGACUGAUGUUGGACAGUGUUCCAGAGCCGAGCUUCACGUCGCUGGUAGACGACGGGGAACAAAAGUUUGACUCCAUCAUAUCGGCCGCUAUAGAGAAGGAAGCGGCGAGACUAGCAGCGCAGCUGAAGAGCUCUAGCUAUGGUAUGGAGGCCAGUGUGACGUCACUCACGUCUCUCGACCUUGACAAUGUCAAACCGCCGUCAAACCUCGGCAGUUUGCUUUCGCUCAGCGCCUCCGGACACUGGGACGAGACUUCCCAAGUUUCAAAGAAAUCACAAAAGAGUCGCAAAAAGUCGCUUCCAGUCGCCUUAAUGGUAAAACGAGCUCUCAGUAACUCAAUGAACCAAGGCAGCUCUGAGCAUCUGGACAGCAACCCAGUCAGUUUUCUCGACAAUGUAAAGCCUCCUUCAGAAAUGGACAACAUCGACAUGGAGAGCAGUAUGAUAUCCGUCUCCAGUAUUGUGUCGGAGGUGGCUGAAGUCAAGGAACGAGUACCCAUCGUGUUUGACUUCAAGCAGCCCGUGCAAGACUUCCCUCUGUGCAGCACUUUCACUAACGUCUUCCACGACCUAGACAAAGUGAAUCCGCCAUCUUUGUUCGAUGAGAUCGCGGAGUCGACCAUAGAAGUGGAACCGACCACAGCACAACAAGUUUAUGACGACUGCACGUCUACUCUGAAUGUUGUCACCGACAUACCGUCAGGAUCGGAGAACUGUACGCCAAUACCGUCAGAUAUCAGUAGCGUGGAGUCCACUCCAAAGAGACAGAGAGAUCCGAAAUAUUUGACCCCAAAAGAGAAGAGACACGUAUCUAAAGAUAGAUACCAAACAUACACCAUAACAGACACGGUAGCUGAGAGUGAUGUUGUACUUGAAGUAGAAGAAGAAUUUGUUACGUGGACUAAAUCGGAGAGCGACCGAUCUGACGAGUAUGUCACUGCAACGUCGGAGGUUAAGUCGAGGAGGAAACUGAGCGCCAAACAGAGGAGGUUGGAAGAUAGAGCUAGGUACCAAACUCAAACUGUUGACAUACACACCAUCCUGCCGCCAGAACCACAGCAAAAGGUAGUGGACCCUCACUUAGAGAGCCUGAAACAAAGACUAGCAGCUAAAAAGACUAUGAAACAAAAACGUUUAGAAGACGCUGAACGAUUCCGGACGAGGACGUUAAGCGAAGACAUCCCUCCUUCUCCCACGUUUGUAACAAAAGAUGCUAACUUUGAAAACGUGGAGACCACCACUGGGUAUGACAGCUUGUCCUCCAACGAACUAAACCACCAGCAGAUAUCGGAUGACAGGCAGGACGACGAUGUAUUCUCACGAGAAACGGACAGCGGACAUAACGAAGACGACUUCGAACUGAACUCUACACAGAUGCAGACUUACACCAAGAGCUUCAGGAAUUACUUACCUGUGAUCGAAAGUCCCGCUGCAGUCGACAUGUGCGUCGUUUACAAUCUUAAAAACAUCGAGAUGACUGCCUCGUACAAACGCACCGUGCAGAUGCAAUGCGAUAAAAACCAGAACCCAAGUAGCAGUGACUUCGCGAGCUACGAGGGCGACAGCAACUCGGAAGAUAAAGCACAAUCUGAGUCGGACCCGGAGACUCCUCGACCGAAGCCGAAGAUUAUAAAGCCGGCUCGACGCGACGAAAGUCUAGAUUCCAACGAAUCUUUGGACAAAGAAAAUGACACACCUAAAGCUAUUAGGGGAAGAAAGAAGGCAUUGUAUGUCUCGCCAUACAGGCGAAACGCUUCUGCCGCUCCAAAAAAAGCUGCGGCUACUCCAACUAAACCCAUCCCUAAGAGUGCUCCCCCCAAACCCACGAAUCCUGUCAAAGCCCACACAAGUGCCAAAACACCCAAACCCUCCGUACCCAAAGCAUCCAGUGCUAACACUUCCCCUAAGAAAUCUCUUCCCAAGUCCCCCACUAAGUUACAACAGAAGCCGAUUUGCAUUCCGCCUGUUGCCACAAAACCAUUACCCCUUGAACGACAGGGAACAUUUACGAAGGAAGAGAGUUCUGUACCUGCUAAGGACUUACCUGUUCCUGUCCCUGAUAAAAAAACAACGACACCACGGUCUACCAAGGGGCCCACUCCUAAUAAAAACAACACAUCUCCUUCUAGACUUCCUCAGUUUAACCGCACACGACCUCCCCCCGCCAAAGCAAAUCAGCCCAAACCCUCGACAUCGAGGGUUACAAAAAAACCUGAACCGAUGAUGAAGAACUCGCCUUCCAACCACAGCUUGCAAAGUAAUGAGAGUGGCAAAACUAUCACAAUAGCAUCGAGAAGUUCGCGACAAGGUAGCACCUCCAGCGUCAACUCGAUACAGUCUUCUAAAACGAACUCCAAAGAUAUUGAGAGCAAAAUAGCAAGUUUGUGGAAGAAAGUAGAACAAGCGAAAAAAUUGCCAGCUAAGGCAGAAAAGAAAGUCUGGAUCGAAGCGGAUAAAACUGAACCUCCCAAACUCAUCCGGAGCUCUACUUUCGAGGGGCAACCGAAGGCGCAAGUGUCUUCAGCCCCUAAGCAGAAGUCUGCUAUAGGUAUAAGAGUAUCACAGAUACCCAGCUUGCGGCCAAAAUCAACGCCGAGUAAAGCCGCAGGGCCAGUGAACAGUGCUAAAAAAACGAACACUAGAAUAUUUACUAGGAAACCUGCAGGUGGACAGAUCACGUCGUAAAUGUACGUGUUAUGUGAUUAUAAUAUUCUUAUAGGAUUAUGAGGUGUAUGACAAUGAUCAUGUUAAUUCGUGCAUGAAAUCUGUGUUUUGUGUAAGAACUGAUUGAUCACACUAUAUAUUAUAUUUGACCUCAUAAUAUACAACAAUAUUGAAUAAAAAAUUCAUGUAAUAUUAUUGUAAGGCCUAAAGUACGCAAUGUUGUGUAAAAUCCGGUCAAUUACGAUGUAUUGUAUUAAACUACAAUUAUUCAUAUUUCACUACUACAGUUUAAAGAAACAUGGACCAUAAUGUACGCGUAAAGAAAUUGUAAAAUGACACGCGAAAGUAUUUCGUUGUACAUGUAGUGAACUGUAUCUCUUGAUUAUCUUUAAAUCGUUUUAAUAUUUU